UGUGAAAUGAAAAGAAACAACUACAAUCCUACAAUUCCCUCCAAAAAAGGCCUUAUCUAAAUGACUAACCUUAUCCUGAACUACUAAACCCCAGUAUACGACUGAACCAUAGAAGUUCAAACAGCAAACAAAAACUGCCACACAAAAAAACUUCGGGAAGCCAUGGCAGGAUUGAGCUGCCAAUUUCAACUAGCAAGAUGCCAGGUUAAAUACCGCCCCCUAAUCUCUUGUACAAUGCAGCAGCCAGCCCAGAGUAACAUCAAGGUGAUCAUAAAUGGUGCUGCCAAGGAAAUCGGGAGGGCAGCUGUGAUGGCUGUGACCAGAGCAAGAGGAAUGGAAGUGGCUGGUGCCGUAGACAACUAUUGUGUAGGAGAAGACAUCGGAAAGAUAUGCGACAUGGAAGAACCUCUAGAAAUACCCAUUAUGAAUGACCUUACAAUGGUUUUGGGCUCAAUUUCCCAGUCAAAAGCAACAAGCGUUGUGGUUGAUUUUACUGACCCUUCAACGGUACAUGACAAUGUCAAACAGGCAACAGCAUUCGGCAUGAGAAGCGUUGUUUAUGUCCCACGGAUUGAACUCGACACGGUGGCAUCAUUAUCUGCAUUCUGUGAAAAGGCUAGCAUGGGUUGUCUGAUAGCACCCACACUAUCAAUAGGAUCCAUAUUACUUCAACAGGCAGCAAUACAAGCGUCUUUUCACUACAACAAUGUGGAGAUAGUCGAAUCAAGACCAACAGCAAGAGAUCUUCCAUCACAAGAUGCUAUUCAAAUCGCCAACAAUUUAUCGAAUCUUGGCCAGUUCUAUAAUAGGGAAGACAUUUCAACUGAUGUUGUGGCAAGGGGCCAAGUUCUAGGAGAAGAUGGUGUUCGAGUGCACAGUAUGGUCCUUCCAGGUCUCCCCUCUAGCACAACGGUUUACUUCUCGGGCCCAGGAGAGGUACUCACUUUAAAACAUGAGAUCACAGAUGUGCAAAGCCUGAUGCCAGGAUUAAUCAUGGCCAUAAGAAAAGUUUUACGACUAAAGAACCUGGUUUAUGGCUUGGAGAAAUUUUUAUAGAAGACCAAGUCUACUCUACAACAUGAGAAAUUGUCCAAGUUUGGAGCUCCUUUUCAUAAACUCUUGUUCAGCCUAACAGAAGUUGGAAGAAAGAGACUGACUUAGGGGUAAAAUGAAAGGAAAGAUAAUACUCCAACAAGUCAUAUGGAAACAGGGAAUAACACUUGGUCAUUCCUACUUCAGAGAGUAGCAAAACGUUAUUACUGAAUAGAUCACACUUACAAGACAGAACAGAGAAAUUCUUGUUUAUCCUGAGUCCUAACACCUACAAAAAUUUAUAAAAAGCAUAGUUCACUACUUAGCGUAAAUUUUUUAUUUGGUAAAAUUUAUAAUCUUGUUUAUUUACCCUUGGGUAAAAUGAAAAUUUAUGCUUUUUAUAAAAAAUAAGGGGAAAAUUUACCCUUGUUUAUAAUCUUGUUCACUUGGUCAUUCUGGCAUUUUUUAUUUACUUAGCGUCUGCAAAAAACUAUAUAUUAAUCUAUAUUUUCCCCUUAUUUUUUCUGUGUUGGAGGUGGUGGCACCUAUGUUUUACUAUCUAUCUACAGCAAGUCAAUAAAACCUUCAAAGUGAAAGUUCUUAUAGUUAAAAAAGGAUAGAUGGUACUAUUACCAAAUUUGAGAACAUUUAUUGUUAAUCAACAUUUGAAGCAUGAUCUCUAACACUAGUUUCUAUCUGCAUGAUCUUUUACAUCAAGUUGAGAACACUUCAAAAGUAAAAGCUUUAUGUUCUUUUAUAAAGAUUUAUGAAACAAAAGGAUGACACAAAAUUAACUCAAGACAUGUACAAUAAGCAACUGCCAUUGAUAAGUUCACC